GGGAGAUGCAGGAGGACUGGGGGAGAAAAGUGAACGAAGGAAGUAACGCAGGUGUAAAUGGCACUGGAGAAGGAUCAGGACAGCCAGAGGCGAACGUCGCGGAAGGAGAGGCUGGAGAAGGAGAAGGAGGAGGAGAAGGAGAAGAAACCGGCGGGGAGAAGGAGGAGACGAGAAGCCAAUGCAGGAGGGGGAGAAACUAGCGAAGGAGGAGACGCUGGUGGAGGAGAAGGAGACGGAACAGGUGGAACAGAAAUAGGAGGAACAGGCAUAGGAGGCGGUGGCAAUGGAACGCAAGGAAUUGGAGGAGGAACGGGAGAAGGAGAAGGAGUUGGCGAUGGCGGAGGAGGCGACACAGAAGCAGGAGGUGCUGGAGGAAAUGGAGGAGAAGGUGAAGUCGGAAUAGGGGGAGGAGGAGGAGAGGGAGAAACUUCGGGAGGGGGAGAUGGCGAAGGAGAUAAAGUGGAAGGGGGAGGAGGAGACACGGAAAGUAAUGGAGGAAACGGCGGAGAAGGAACUAGUGGAACAGGAGGAGGAGAAGGAGGAGAAGGAAACGGAGAAGGAGGAGGAGAAGGAGAAGGAAACGGAGAAGGAGGAGGAGAAGGAGAAGGAACAGGAGGAGAUGGAGAAGGAGGAAAUGCAGGAGCAGCCCAGAACAACACCCAGAUCUCCAUCACGACGCCACGACCGCCGGCCACGACAGAACGGACGCCCUGUGGAAUGCACGCUAAGGUCGAGGGAGAAGAAUGUGUCUGUGACCUCGGCUGGAUUCGUGACCCCGCUGACCCGAGCUCCCUGUGCGUGUGUCCUGACCUCUGCCACGAAGGGAGCGUCUCUUGCCCCGGCCAGACGGAAUGUUAUCACGUGACCUGCAACAUCGCCUCGUGCAGGUGCAAGGACGGCCUGCACUAUGACCCCAGCAGUAGAACUUGCUUGAAUACCUGCCAGUACUACGGAGAUGCUGUAUGUGGCCUGACCUCGCGAAGGUACUGUAUCGGUUCGGAUGAAGAUGCCACUACAUAUGCGUGUCGCUGUAUGGACGGCUAUGAUGUUGUUGAUGGCGAAUGUCAAGACGCGGACGAGUGCAAGGGCGGGCCAUGCAAGGAGAAGGAAACUUGCAUCAACACACCUGGCAGCUACAAGUGUGUGUGUCAGAGCGGUUAUAUGAGAAACCACGAUGGACUCUGUGCUAAUGUGAACGAAUGUGCGAGUCCGUCCUUACACGACUGCGAACACGUGUGUGAAGACGCUGAACCUCCGCUGCGCUUCUCUUGCACGUGUUAUCCUGGGUACACGUGGCAGGCUUUCACGCGCUCUUGUGUUAUUGACGACGAGCUGACGAAAUGUGACUGCGAAGACGACGAUAAAAGUGUGUGUUACCAGCCAAGAGACGGGGAGAAACAGUGCCAUCCUCGGCCCGGUUAUGCCCUCGUCAACGGCACUUUUCAAGACGAAGCAGAGUGUGAUAGCGAAGAGCGCCUCAGUUCGUGGUGUGGCGUCAGCAGCGAGUGCGUGGACGGCGAAGGCACUGCAACGUGCAAUUGCUUGAGCGGUUAUGCCAACGACACGAUCAACUACGGCCAGUGUGAAGCCGUAGUCUGCCCCACCGGGACCGUCCUCUCUGAUUCAGCCUGUGUGGAGCCCUGCCACACCAUCCAGUGUGCCCCGCCUCUCCGCUGUGGCGUGACAUCUGAAGGAGUGCCAGAGUGCCGUUGCUUGAGCGAGUGCCAGGCCCUCUUGGAACCGGAAGUCACGUCCAGCGUCUAUCGAGGGGUCGUCGAUGGACUCGGUUACGGCGAUGCGUCUCACGAAAGCGGGUAUAGGGUUUCUUGGAUUUUUUGUUGGCUAGGAACGAUCUUCGGCGCGGACAACACGGAGAUCCUGAGCGUGACACCGGCUGCCAACAGACGCUCCGCCACCACGCGCUCUGACGCCACCACAGCCUACCGCGUGGACUUCCUGGUCAUGGCCCCCCGACCCAACAUGACCGGCGAGGUCAACCAGGCACUGAGAGGUCAAUGCAUGAACUCCACGGACACGCCCUCCACCUGCGUCCUCCCCGGGGGACUGGUGGUGGAGAGGGAGUCCAUGGCGGUCAAGGUUAAAGCUUAUAUUAGACACAUGGCUGUAUCACUCUGGUAUCAGAAUGAGAAGUAA